CUACACUAACAUUUAAUAACAACCAGUUAUAAUUCGGUUCAUCGGCCAUAUUGCACUGAGCAUAUAUAGAGAGGCACGCAUCGUUAACUCCUUACUGUUGCUGUUGCCCUGGUGUGAUUUCGUUGUCUCUAUAUUGUUUAACAAUGCGGUUGAUAUGCGCCUGGUGUUUUCUGUUGGCGGCAACGAGAGCGCAGAACAGUGAAUUCUACGAGCCGCAAACAUUUAAACAACAUAUAGAAGCGUACCAGAAAGGUUUGUUCACGCCAGCAAGCCCCAAUGACGUCGCCCCUCAGAGCACAGUGGUGGAGACCUGGAGGCCUAAACCGGGUUCCAACUUCGAAUCUUGGCCUGGUUCGAUCCAGCAACGCCAGUCUCCUACACCGUCGCCUGUACUGCCCAAACCUGAACCCUGGAGGUUGCCCUACUCCCUGACGAAGGAGCAGCAAGCCAAUAUACUUCACCACAAGCAAGCAUUAAGCUCAGAGGGCAGUUUCAGUUUCGAAUAUGCAUCAGACAACGGGUUGGCUGCUGGUGAAGUUAUUGAACCGGACGGCUCUAGGAUCGGGUCUUAUCAGUACAAGGAUCCGAGCGGGCAGCUCGUCAAAUUGAAGUAUAAAGCAGGAAAAGAAGGGUUUCAGAUCCUUGAAGGAAGUCAUUUACCAAAAAGCCCCGAACCAGUGGCUCCCCUUGGUCAAGGUAAUUACUACCAGGAAGCGUAUGAACAACAGCGGAGGCAGUACGACCUCCAGCAACAGUACAACCAGCAGAAACCGGAGCCAUACGACGCUUGGAGACAAAACCAGGCGCAGCAGGGCGCGCAGAGACCAUCAGGCAGCGUGAAUUUCGUCCAAAACUGGAGAUCAAAUGACCAGGAGGAUGAUGGGCAGUACCGUGAAAAUGGCGUGGAGAACAAAGGACCACACACCUUCGGCGAGGGAUACGCGUUCGCUUUCAAAGGAUAAUAUUGUCUAAU